AUGCAUAGCUGCGGCCCGUUGUGGAUGUCUCUCGCUCUCCUCGUUUUUGCCGCCACCGUGGGCGCUGGCGACGUGCCGGAGCAACUCCGCCUGGCCCUCACCGGAGUGAAUGGGGAGAUGGUGGUGGGGUGGACGACGCAACUGGACGCUGGUUCGACGGUGGAGUAUACGUGCGACGGCUGUGGCCACUUCACGGUGGAGGGCAAUGCGUCGCGCUACUCGAUCCCCGCCUACACGCCGCCCUACACGUCUCCGCUCCUUCACUGUACCGCCUUCGUCUUGUAUUCGUACCGCGUGGGCCACAGCAAGACCGGCUGGAGCUGGACCCACCAGUUCAUGACCAAGGCCGACGUUCAGCCCACACCCGACAGUCCGCUCCGAUUCCUGUCCAUCGGGGACGAGGGCACGAUCAAGGGCGCCAAGGAAGUCCUGGCCGGCAUGCUUGUCGCCCAGGAGAAGUUCCACUUCGACUUCCUCGUUCACGGCGGCGACAUCAGCUACGCCAACGGGAUUCAAGACAUCUGGGACCAGUGGGGCCAGCUCGUGCCCUGGAUGGUGAGUGUCGGCAACCACGAGAUGCGCCCGAACCAGACCGACGCCGGCUUCCUCUACCGCUUCGCCAUGCCCACGGCCCAGAGCGGUGGUGAAUCGGGCAACAUGUACUACAGCUUCGACUACGGCAACGCCCACAUGAUCGCCCUCGAGUCCGAGGCCCAAAACUUCUCGGCCCAGUACGACUGGCUGAAGCGGGACCUGGCGCAGGUCAACAGGACAGUGACGCCGUGGAUCAUCGGGUUCUGGCACAGGCCCUGGUACUCCUCCAAUGUCGAGCACGCUGGCUCUGGCGACGUGAUGCGGGGCGCCCUUGAGGCCCUGUUCUUCGACAACAGAGUGGACAUGGUGAUCACAGGCCACGUACACUGCUACGAGAGGACUCUGCCCGUGUACCAGGGAGCUCUCAACGAUGAGGCGCCGUUCUACAUCACCAACGGUGCUGGCGGCAACGGGAUGGAUGACACGUGGGGCGAUGCCCCCGAGUGGUCCGCCAAGAGGCUCGCCGCCUACGGCUUCGGUUAUGUGGAGCUCUUCAACGCCACGCACCUGCACUGGACCAUGCGGUCUUCCAGCGAUAGCGCCGUCAUCGAUGAGGCGUGGCUGGUGCGCCCCGCCGAUCGGUUCCAGACGAGGCGGUGA